AUGGUAGGCGCUGGCGGAAGUGCUGGCGUUGGGCGUUGGCGUCGCGCUGGCGCUGGCGCCCGCCGUUGGCGCUGGCGCUGGCGCCCGCCGUCGGCGCUGGCGACCGCCGUUGGCGCUAGGCGCUGGCGUCGGCGCAGGCGCUGGCGUCCGCCGUUGGCGCUGGCGCUGGCGCCCGCCGUUGGCGCUGGCGCUGGCGCCCGCCGGUGGCGCUGGCGCCCGCCGUUGGCGCUGGCACUGGCGCCCGUCGUUGGCGCUGGCACUGGCGCCCGCCGUUGGCGCUGGCACUGGCGCCCGUCGUUGGCGCUGGCGCUGGCGCUCGCCGUCGGCUCGCUGGCAUGCUCGCCACGGGCAGAGCGCGACGGGGCGAGCAUUGUGGGACGGGGCAGCCAGCACGCGGCGUGCUAA